UCGGUUUUAGAAAAAUCAAUAUUAUAUUGCUUCAUCAUUUUGUUUUAAAUAAAUUAGUUUUUAAAUUUAAAUUUUAUUUUAUAAGAUUUUAUUCAUUUAUUAUAAUUAUUUCCAGAUGCACAAAAUUAUUUUGUUAAUUCUUUUAUGUGUGAUAGACGUUAUGAAAAUAUAAUUUAGUAAAUAAACAGUUUUUUUUUUUUAAUUACUUUAAUUAGCUAACUUCACGUUUUCAUAAAAUUUAUUUAUCACAUUUCAAUUAUUUUUAUUUACUAAUUCAUAUAGUAUUAUCAACAUAAAAUAUUGGUUCAAUAUAAUAAUUUUGAACUGAAAAAAAUGGCGGUAAAUCACUAUGACUUAGAAUUUUUAUUGGAACAAGCAAAUAAAUUAUUCAGUAGAGAUAAUUGGGCUCAUGAAAUAAUUGAUCAAACAAUUGAUUUUGUAAAUGAAAAUAAUAAAAUUGUUUAUGUUGGGUGUUCGACGGUGGUAAGAGUUCUUCUCAAAUCUGGAAGAUUUCAUGAAAAUGUAGGGUUUCAUGAAGGCGUGUCUGAGUCCACUGGGAAAGCUUUCGAGGAUGCGAGAAAAAUAUCAUACACGGAUGCCCUCUAUAGGACAUUACUAUCAUUCGAAGAAUUUGGCGAACUGAUAAUUAAAAUUGAAGAAAAAAAAAAAGAUUAGAAAAACAAAAAAAAUUAAAAAAUGAUUGGAUAAAAAAAAGUAAUAAUAUAUUGAUAAAAUAAUAAGAACUAAUCCUGAUUAAACAAAGCGAUUUACUCAAUAAUAAAUAUGUAUCUAUAUAGCAUUAAGAUUAAAUCGUUUUGAAUUAUUUUGAAUCGUUUCUUUUAAUCAGGGAAUUAAUUAAUUGCUAUCAUAAUAUAAACAUUUGAUAUUUAAUAUAGAUAUGGUGGAAGCUACAGUUAGUAAUAAAAUCUUAGAGGAAAUGGAAAAAGAUUCGAUGACAGAAGUUUAAUUAAAAAAUAAUUGAUUUAAUAAGAAUUACGUUAUGUGAUAAUUAAUUGUUCAUAAAAAUAUUUUAAUUGCUAUUGACAUGAUUUUAGUAUAAUUAUAAUAAUGAGACUGACUAUGAUGAUUAUAGGAAACAUAAUACUUGAAAAUGAAUCGAAAUAAGCUCAAAGAACAUAAAAUAACA